UGAAAUGGGAGACUUACGGGAUAAGCAUCAUUUUGAACUCUUGAUUGUUGUCUUACAGCUGACAGGGUCCUGAAGCAACAAUCACAAUAACAACUACGCAUAAGAAUUAACAUUGAAACUGACUUCUACUUCAUACGCGACCCUUACGGCCCGUGCAGAUUAAUAAUAAGAUCGCCCCAUAGAUACGAACUGCCUCAAUGCGACGACGACCUGCAGGGCUUAUCGCUCACCACCGCAAAGCUGCUCCGUCCCCCUUCUCCGUCGCCAUCAUGUUCCCGGUCCACGCUGUCACGAAUCAUGCAGCCUACCGUCUCGUCUCCUUCUGACUUGUCGCCCCAGUCAACCGCUGCCUCCCCGUCAGACGCUGUUCCUGACUCUCAACGACCGAAAACGAACCCUCGCAGGCGUCCGCUGAAUCGCCGUACCCUAAGUUGUCUCCCCUGCAGACAGCAUAAGCUUCGCUGCGAUCGACAUAUACCAUGCCAUACCUGCACUAGAUACCGUCGCGAGGAUGAGUGCCGACGACAUCCAGCACCUUCCUCCCUGUUGGGGACGGAUUCCCCGAGACUGGCGAUGCCGGCUAGAACCAUAGCCCCGGGGCCGUCGCAGCUACAACCGCGGUCGCCUUCGGUGAAAAGGGAACAAGACAAGGGGCUAAAUCCUGGGGGAGGUAGCCAUGGAAAUAUCAAGGGACAGCAGGUUGCUCAGUUUAUUGAACAGACAUCGCAGCGGUCAAGUAGACCUUGGUCGUCGUCGUCACCAUCAACUCCAACCGUCCCCUUAUCCUCUCUUUUCACGCAAUCAUCAUGCCCUAUUUUUCUUCCCGAUAUCCUCUCGUCGGACCUGUCGCUCUUUUCUCAGUUUAUGCGCAACCCAGUGGAUGCGAAGCUCUUCUGGAAAUCACAGUUGGUGGCUCUACUGCCUUCGCAGAUGCAAUGCGACCUUCUAGUCGCCUACUACAUCGAAAACAUCGACUGGCUAUAUCACGCGAUCCAUAUACCCCUGUUUCGUCGACGAUACUCUGCUUUCUGGGCCGGAAGCAUUGACGAAAUCGAUUUGGUGUGGCUGGCGCUUCUGUACACCGUCAUAUCCAUUACGGCGCUCAUGGCCCCUGUUGAACAGGCGCAGGUCAUGGGCUUCGAGCACUCGAAGUUGCGUGUUCUUUCACACGUGUGGCAUCAAGCGUCUCGACAAGCUCUCCAUGCAGGCGAGUUUGAAUCGAAGCCGUGCCUGGUGCAGUUGCAGGUGUUCUUGGCGACCCAGCUGUAUUGGUUGGAGACGAAAAAUGUUGAAUCGUUAAACUCCGCUCUUGGCCAAGCAGUCCGAAAUGCGCAGGCAUUGGGGUUAGAUAAGAACACACCGGGGGCGAAUUGUCUAGACACAGAACUGCGACGACGAGCAUGGUGGGAUCUGUGCGUGGCUGAUACGUUCCAAUCCAUGUGUCUCGAUCGAACUCCGCUUAUCCAUACCCCACUCUCCAAAGUCCCUAUGCCUGUAAACUGCAACGACACGGACGUUACAGCAACGUCGAUCAUCCCUCGCCCUAUGGAAGUGCCGACAGAUAUGAGCGCGCUAAUAUGUCGCGUCAAGGCGUUCCGCAUCUUCCGCAAACUCUACUUCAACGAUGGCGCCUACUUAUCAUCGUACAGCUACAUUCAGUCCAUAGACAAGGAGAUCCAAACCCUCAUCGCGGAGUUCCCUUGGUAUUUUCGCAUCGGCUCCGAAGAGAGCCUGCGACAUCUUCCGACCCUGGAUAGCAUUGCGUGGCAACACGAAUCUCUGCAUAUAUGUAUCUGUCUGCAGCGGAUCCGAAUGAACCGGCCGUUCCUGCACGCACGCAUCGGGGAAUCAUGGGGGGUAUGCUUCAAAGCAGCACAGGAAAUGCUGGCCCCGUACCGCCGGAUGAGAGAGGUGAAUGUCGAGCGAUUUCGUCAGUCGCAGAAGUUCCUCAUCCAGGGCUACCAGUCGUACACGGCAGCCGUGACGCUCGCAGCGUUCCUGUUGGUGGAACGAUCACUCCCGGGAUUUUCGUCAGAGUUCAUGAGACACGAUAUCGAAAUGGUGAUCUCCGAUUUGGAACUCAAGGAUCUCGGGCCGCUCAUCUCGGACGGAAUUAAAAUCUUACGGAAGAUGCUCGACAUGUUCGACCAACGGCGUGACACGCGAGAUCCACAUACGCGCGAAUCAUUAGUACGCGAUAUUGCAUCUGUUUUCGGCGGCGAGCAGCCCACACGACGGUAUCUAAAGCAAUGCGAUAUUGGAUACGUCCUGAACAACACCGCCUCAAGCGCAGACGGCAGCAGUAGUACGGGUAAUACACCCACUGCGCAGACGACAGGUGGCAGCGAGAGUGCGAUUGCUCAAUCGCCCGGGUUAGUAUCACUGCCCGAACCCACCGGGCCGGAUUGGGGCGUGCGGCUUCCGUCGUCCGUGUCGGUCUUGGAGCCCGUUGAUAUGAACAUGGUGCAUCCGGGUUUCAGUCUCACGUCAGAUUCGGAAGCGCAGCAGGCAGCUCUUCUUGACGCCAAUGUUCCGUAUAGCAACCAAAUCGAGUUCAUGCCGGACGACCUUAACCUGGCACUGGACAUGUUGGAUAGCGAUCAGUGGUGGGAUAUACUUCCCGAGAUAACAUUUCAGACGUAGCUUGAUUCCGGUUUCAUGUAGGAUAGAUUUCUCUACCUAGUACUGCUAAGUAGUAAAUAAUAGAAUAAUACUCGACUAUAGAGACAGGUACUAUUAUCUCUAAGAAGUGAGCAACAUGCAUAUGCAUAUGCAACCCAAAGAACCCAACCACGGAAUAAUUAAUAGAAAAGAAGGGGAAAAAAGGCCUACACCGUAAGCAAAUUAUCAGCAAGUAUUCCCGACGGACGGCACCGCCAAUUCGGAUAACCUCGGUUGGGCAUGUAUGUUUAGUAUCGGGGGACUAUGCUCCUAGGUAUGCUCUGCAGCGAAAAGAAAAAGGAAGAGAUAGAUACCGCCAUUUCUUCCCGCAAAGCAGUCGUCCGUCCCGCCUGUCGGCUCGCUUAACGGGAA